AUGCGCGAUCCCGCUCUGUGAGACUGGCAAGAUGGCCGAGUAACGCGUUAGCAAAUUGAUUUUAUAUUUAAUACCUACAGCACGCAACGAUAUUAGACAGAAAAAUAGAUUUAGUAACAUAUCAUACAUUCCAUUUAAUGUGCUGUUAUUAUAAUAUAAUAUUUUAAAAUAAUUUUAUAACCUUCAAUGUGUUGUGUGUUAGUGUUUGAAUAUAGAUGAACCAGCCAUGUUGGGAUAUAAUGAGAGAAUUUGAAUUAAAUAAUAUACGCACAUGAGUUUUAAGAGCCUAAUAAAAUAUAUAUAUGAAUAUAGAAUAAAUUGCUUUCGCGAAAAUAUAAAAUGGCGUCGUGCCUUGGUGGCCAUUUUGGUUUGAACCAGGACUAUAUACCGGUUGCCGAUUUUUAUGCUGAUAAAUCGAUUUUUGUCACCGGUGGAACGGGAUUCAUGGGGAAGGUCCUGGUCGAGAAGCUACUGCGGAGUUGUCCAAAAAUCAAGAAAAUCUAUCUUCUAAUGAGGCCGAAGCGAGGUCAGGACGUGGCCUCCCGUCUGACAGAACUAACACAGUCGCCGUUGUUUGAAUCGUUAAGAAAAGAAAGACCUCAGGAAUUAAAUAAGAUAGUACCAAUAGUAGGGGACAUAACGGAACCUGAGCUGGGUAUCAGCCCGGCUGACCAGGAGAUGCUAUGCCAAAAGGUGUCCGUGGUGUUCCAUUCAGCUGCAACAGUUAAAUUCGACGAGAAAUUGAAGCUGUCUGUAACAAUCAACAUGCUGGGGACGCAACAACUAGUACAGUUGUGUCAUCGUAUGCUGGGAUUGGAGGCCUUAGUCCACGUGUCCACCGCGUAUUGUAACUGUGAACGUGAGCGUGUGGAGGAGACGGUUUACUCGCCGCCGGCUCAGCCUGAACACGUGGUGACCCUCGUCCAGACGCUGAACGACGAGCUGGUCGACAGGAUCACGCCUGACCUAGUCGGUGACCGACCCAACACAUACACCUUCACUAAGGCCCUGGCCGAGGACAUGUUGAUAAAGGAGUGUGGGAACCUGCCCGUGGCGAUCGUUAGACCAUCUAUAGUGCUGUCGUCAGUUCGCGAACCUGUUAAGGGUUGGGUAGACAAUUGGAAUGGACCCAAUGGCAUAAUAGCGGCGGUUGGCAAGGGAGUGUUCCGUACAAUGCUGGGGAACGGCACGAGGGUAGCUGAUCUGGUGCCAGUGGAUACUGUCAUUAAUCUUAUGAUAGUAUGCGCUUGGAGGACUCAUCUCAGAAGAGGCGACGGCGUUGUCGUCUACAACUGCUGCACCGGCCAGCAGAACCCCAUAACGUGGCAACGCUUUGUUAAGACGAGUUUCAAGUACAUGAGAAAACAUCCGUUCAGUGAAGUGGUGUGGUAUCCAGGUGGUGAUAUCACCAGCAGUCGUUUCCAGCACGGGAUCCUCUCCCUCCUCCAGCACAGGCUGCCGGCUGUCCUCAUAGACCUGGUAGCCAGAAUCACCGGCAGUAAGCCUGUGAUGGUUAGAGUUCAGAACAAACUGGAGAAGGCAUCGGCCUGCCUGGAGUACUUCACAACAAGACAGUGGGCGUUCGCUGACAACAACGUGCAGGCGCUGUGCCGGAGCCUGUCGCCCGAGGACAGGGACACCUUCGACUUUGACGUCACCAACAUUAACUGGGAUGGAUAUAUUGAGUCCUAUGUCCUCGGAAUAAGGAGGUUUCUAUUCAAGGAGAGCCCGCACACCCUGCCCAAGUCCAGGACGAUAAUGCGGAGGUUACACAUAGUCCACGUCCUGGGCCAGGUGCUGGCCGUGUUAUUCCUCUGGCGGUUCGUGUUCCUCCGCUCAGCCAGUCUAAGAAAUGUUUGGCGCUCCAUCGUGGAGCUGCUGACCCGCGCCGCCAGGAUGCUCGCCGUCGCUUGAUGCGGCGCCGCCACCCGCCACCUUCACUCCUGACAUCGACACUCCCGACGUUUGACAACCACUGUGACGUUGACGUUGCCAGGCCCCCGCAGACCCGGCCGCCGCGCCGUGUCCGGGUCGCUAUCUGUAUAAGGCUUAAGUAAUCGCUUGUGAGUCGUCCCGCCCGCGGCGUGGGGACGGUCGUUUGGUCGUUUUGGUUGUCUUCGGGUCGCCACACUUCGCUAGGCGUUAGUAUGAAUUAGUUCGUUCAGUUCCAGCUCGAUGUGAUCGUUGAGAUUGAAAAAUAAUAAUAACGUAAACCGUCACCGACGACGGCCACAGAUUAUGUAAGUCGCGGAUAUUGUUACCGUUGGUGAUGCAGUCCGUUCGUCUGGUGUGAUCUCGGGUUGUCUGUGGUUCACGACACAAAUGUUUCUGCUGCCAAUUAUAUAGUUAUAAGUUGCAUUUCCGGCGGCUCGGCUCGCUUGUAUCAUAUAGUUGUCAAAUAAAUCGAUAGUACAUUUUAGUACUGGCAGCCUUGUCUGUGGGGCCGGGCUGCCGACGGUUAAACACGAAACGGCCUCGCUUCACAUACAUUAAUACGACGCGAAAUAAUGAUUUUAAUCAAUAAUAUUAAAAUUAGUGAAGUGAUAUUCGAUGCGGCGUCGAGAUCGUACCGGCCCGGCCCGGCCCGGCUCGGCCUGGCUCGGCCCGGCCCGGCCUGGCUCGGCCCGGCUCGGCUCGUAGUUGUGUGUGUUUUAUAAUGAUUAGAAAAGAGAUCGCUCAAAAUUUUUUAGCUGUUAAACUAAAAUGUCCAGAUAUGUGAAAAUUUAUUUAAAAAAAAAUAUAAUAAUAUAUUAUAUAUAAAAAAGCGUUACAACGAUGAGGUGGUGUGAAAAAAAUCAUUGGACUGUUUGUUUAUUAUUUUUUCGUCUUCGAUUACCUAAAAAAAAAAAAAUUUUUUUUUUUACUAUGAAAUAAAAUUUAAACGUAGCAAGACGAAGGUCGCGCAUAAACAGCUAACACCUAGUACAUAAUACAUUUAAUAUAGUAUAGCAUUAACGAGACGGACACCAAAUAAUAUAUAUAUAUAUACAUAUUUUUUCCAUCAUGACGCUUCCUUUAGUAAUAAUUGUUACAAUAAGAUAUUUAUUUUAAAUACGUAACAUCAGAUGCGAGCGUUUGCACCGACGCUGGGUAUCUACCGGUUUUUUUUUUAAAUAUGUUCACGAUCGUUCUUCUCGCGACGCUCCCGGUGUGAACGCAGCCUUAGCUGUGAUGCGACCGGACGCGUGGUUUAAGAGAUUCCGACAUUGUCUUCCUUAUGUUCGUUUAAUUUUAGUUUUAUUUAUUCGUAUGAUUAUGAUAAAAAAAUAAUAUUAAUAAUAAUAAAGGUAACUACAGUAGUGAAUUAUUUGACAUUGAAAAAUCUUUAUUCCGGAUACCUUGUAAGUUAUCGCUUAAGUGUCGCCUAACUUUUUUUUUGUUAGCUAUUUUCUUAAUGUUUAAGCCUAACGCUUAUCAGUUUAUAGCUUCCGGAAUCGAUGGGAUAUUCCGUUUACACAAAAUGUUUGCUGCCAAUAAUUUAUAUAUGAAAAAAAAAUUAUAUAUAUAUUGUCUAUGGUUUUAAGGACUCAAAAUUGUGAAUCGAUUCCUGUGUACUUCCUGUUCCCAGUCCGCUUCAUUGUCCAUGUUAUUAGUUGUGUAUUUAAAGCUAAUUUACUCUCUGUUCGUUAUACAUUAUGAGUCGCUUGUAAGUAUAUUUACAUACACGUGGAGUUUACUGAAUUUGCCGCCAUUUUUUUCUGUGUCUUCUCCCCGCCGCCGCCAGCCCGUUGUUUUCGCCACUGACGCCGGCGGGCUCUGUAUAUAGUUUAGUUGUUAUAACGUCUGCGUUGCGUUCGCUGUGUAUGUAGCUGUUUGUUUUUCUCCAGUGAAGUGUGAGCGGUUCCCGCCGGGCGGCGAGUGGCGCCAUCUAGUUUGUAGUUUUGAUUCAAUCACGAUGUGCUGUUGUUAUGACGCGGAUGGCGCCGUCCGCCGCGGGAACCGGAUGUGAUGCGCUUUAAAUAAUUGAAUUAAUUUCGCUUAGACGCCAGCGGUUUAUGGUAAUGGUUAAUGAGAUAAAUCCGUAAAAUCUUGGAGUGUUAACAUUUGUCUGCGGAAUGUGCUCAACGGUUGGUAGUCUCGGUCUAGUUAGUCUGAGGAGACGCAGUCGCCCGAACAGACGGCCGGCGAGUCAUUUGUUGUAUGUGUCGAAGCAAUUCCAGUGUUAUGAAUAUUUUUAGCAAUAAUUUUGUUAUCUGUGACCGACCAGCUGUGUAACUUUUUAUAAUAGUGAUGUACCGAUGUAUCUAGACGUUUGGUCUAGACUAGCUAGACUGAGACUGGGAUAGACCGAUAAGUCUCGCUGAUAGUAUGGUAUUAUACAUGGGGGAGUUAAUUUAUUAUUCCAAUAUAUAUUAAAAAUAAAAGAAUGUAAAGUU